UGCAGGCACUCACUCACUCCACAGACAUGAACGCCAGCAGCUGAACACAACACCUGCAAUCUGGCUCUUUUAGGAGCCAAAACAGACAUCCAAACCCGUGGAGUUAACAUACAGACAUCCUCAUUUCACAUACCCUUUGGAGCGAUCAUCAAACUGAAAUUCUGGAUGUAAUGGUUUAUUCUUUUACCCCUUUCUCUCCCCGAUGAACUGGGGUAGUAAUGCAGGAGACAGCAGCGAAUCUGUCCGCUGCUCAAGAUGGCAGAUUUUUAUUGAGUUCUGAACAGUGCUGUCGCUUCAUUUUUUGCCAUGAAUAACAGGAAUCCUUGCACCGAUGGCCCCUGUAUACGAAGGAAUUAGGAUCAUAUCCUCGAUUGAUUAACCAUGCUCCCUCUGCUGGUGAUAGAGCAAAGCCCCCUGCAUCUCCUAAGGGGACGUUCACAGUGCCACGAUCACAAACAAAACCAACUAAGCUAAUUUAAGAAGCAAUCAGCAGGACAGUAACCCGUUAGUCACAUGGUGACGCUUAUAAAGUGUAAAGAGAAGCUGAAAUUAUACAGUACAUGCUGUUUGGAGGUAGAAAUGACAGUGUGCUGGUGGUUUCACUUUCUCUCAUCUUGGAAUGGUUGCAAGGAGACAGAUGCCUAUGAUGUUUGCCCAAGAGCCCUCACCACAUGCACUCUGCCGGGGUAGGUAUGGCCUCGCAAGUGCAAGUCUUCUCCCCUCACACUCUCCAGUCAAGUGCCUUCUUUAGCGUGAAGAAACUGAAGGUGGAGCAGAGUUGCAACUGGGAUAUGACAGGGUACGGCACGCACAGCAAGGUCUACAGUCAGAACAGCAAGCAGAGUGUCUCAGUUGCCCCAUUGGGCAUCAGCGGCGCCAGUCUCCAGGUCUCCAACUCUUCCCUGUCCUACGAACAGGCCCUCCUCUUCCCAGCCGGCUCAGGGCACAUAGUAGUGGCCUCGGCCAGCAGCACAUCUGGGGCAGCUGGUCAACUGUUGGGCAGCACCGGCAGUAGUGGGAGCGGCAGUGGAGGCCACAACCUGACACGCCGCAGCACCGUCAGUCUGCUGGAUACGUACCAGCGAUGCGGGCUUAAGCGGAAAAGUGAAGAGCUGGACAACAACAACGGCAGUGGCAGUGGAAGUAGCGUGCACGUGGUCGAGGAGCAACAGCCAACCGCACCCAUGAUUCAGAACAGUUUGCAGAGCGGGAACACCGCUGCAACGGCGACAGCAUCCACUACAGCGACGUCCAAGAAUAGUGGGGCCAAUAGUGAGGGUGACUACCAGCUCUUGCAACAUGAGGUGCUUUGCUCUAUGACCAACACCUAUGAGGUGCUGGAGUUCCUGGGUCGAGGUACUUUCGGGCAAGUGGUGAAGUGCUGGAAACGGGGGACCAGUGAGAUAGUGGCUAUCAAGAUCCUGAAGAACCACCCUUCUUACGCACGGCAAGGCCAGAUUGAGGUGAGCAUCUUGGCACGGCUGAGCACAGAGAGUGCGGAUGACUACAACUUUGUUAGGGCGUACGAGUGCUUCCAGCACAAGAACCACACGUGCCUGGUCUUCGAGAUGUUAGAGCAGAACCUGUACGACUUCCUCAAGCAGAACAAGUUCAGCCCGUUGCCGCUCAAGUACAUACGACCGAUCCUGCAGCAGGUGGCCACUGCCCUCAUGAAGCUCAAGAGCCUUGGACUGAUCCACGCUGACCUGAAACCCGAGAACAUCAUGCUUGUAGACCCAGCUCGGCAGCCCUACAGGGUCAAGGUCAUUGACUUUGGUUCUGCAAGUCACGUCUCCAAAGCUGUGUGCUCUACCUACUUGCAAUCUAGAUACUACAGAGCUCCAGAGAUCAUCCUGGGUCUGCUCUUCAGUGAGGCCAUAGACAUGUGGUCCCUGGGUUGUGUCAUCGCUGAGCUGUUCCUGGGCUGGCCCCUUUACCCCGGAGCAUCUGAGUAUGACCAGAUCCGGUACAUCUCUCAAACACAGGGCUUACCAGCGGAGUAUCUGUUGAGUGCAGGGACGAAAACAACCAGGUUUUUCAACAGAGACCCUGACUCCACCUAUCCUCUAUGGAGACUGAAGACACCUGAAGACCACGAGGCAGAGACUGGGAUCAAAUCUAAGGAAGCUCGCAAGUAUAUCUUCAACUGCCUGGAUGAUAUGGCACAGGUGAAUAUGACCACAGAUUUGGAAGGCAGUGACAUGUUGGUGGAGAAGGCAGACAGGAGAGAGUUUAUCGACCUGCUGACCAAGAUGCUGACCAUCGAUGCAGACAAGAGAAUCACACCCAUAGAGACCCUCAACCACCCCUUCGUCACAAUGACACAUCUAUUGGACUUCCCACACAGCACACAUGUCAAAUCCUGCUUCCAGAACAUGGAGAUUUGCAAGCGUCGGGUGAACAUGUAUGACACAGUCAAUCAGAGCAAGACCCCUUUUAUAACACAUGUAGCCCCCAGCACCUCUACCAAUCUCACCAUGACCUUCAAUAACCAUCUUAACACUGUGCACAGCCAGGCCACCAACCUGGCUCCCUCUUCCACCAGUGCCACCCUUUCCCUUGCCAAUCCUGAUGUCUCCAUUCUAAAUUACCAAUCUGCACUCUACCAGCCUUCUGCGGCCUCUAUGGCCGCCGUGGCCCCCAGGACCAUGCCCCUCCAGCCUGGUGCGCCCCAACUCUGUGCCGCCCGACCAGAUCCCUUCCAGCAGGCCCUUAUCGUCUGCCCACCUGGCUUCCAAGGUUUGCAGGCAUCACCUUCUAAACACACUGGCUACUCAGUGCGGAUGGAUAAUGCGGUUCCCAUAGUAACACAGGCCCCUGGUGCCCAACCUCUGCAGAUCCAACCAGGCCUUCUGACACAGCAGGCCUGGCCGUCUGGCACCCAACAGAUCCUCCUACCCCCGGCAUGGCAGCAGCUUACACAUACAUCCGUGCAACAUGCCACCGUCAUCCCAGACUCCAUGACCAGCUCGCAGCCUCUGGCCAACUGGAGGAAUUCACAUCCCCAUGGCAGCCAUUACAAUCCCAUAAUGCAACAGCCGGCCUUACUGGCGGGUCACGUCACUCUGCCCUCUCAGCAACCUCUCAAUGUGGGUGUGGCUCAUGUCAUGAGACAGCCAUCAAACAAUAACUCCUCCUCCAAAAAAAACAAGCAGCACCAGAUGAACAACAGGAACGUUUCAGCCUAUGACGUGUCCUCCUCCCAGGUGGUGGCGUCACCUCAGCGAUCUAAACGAGUGAAGGAAAACACCCCUCCACGCUGUGCUGUGGUUCAAAACGGGCUGUCCUCUACCUGCGCCCCAUCACAGACCUGUGGGGGUGGAGGAGGAGGGGGGUGGGGGGGAGAGCAGGCAUGUAGUACCACACGAGACCACCACGGCCAGCACAAACCACUGCGCCAAACCAUUGUCAUCCCAGACACCCCGAGCCCAGCCGUCAGUAUCAUCACCAUUAGCAGUGACACAGAUGAGGAGGACGACCACAAACAGCCCACUAACACCAGCACGUCAUCCAAACAUAGGAAGAAUGUGAUCAGCUGUGUGACCGUCCAUGAUUCCCCUGACUCUGACUCCAGCAACACAAGCCCUUAUGCUGUGGAGUCCCGGCCUAAUGGCACCAACGCCAAUGGCUAUGACUCCAAAGGUGCAGUCCUGGACACCGGGAACCCCCGCACCAUCAUCAUCCCCCCUCUGAAGAGCCAGAACGGCGAAAACAUGGGAGAGUGUGAUAGAUUAUUGCCUGAUAUAGUGAGCCACCAGAACUCCACCUACAAAUUCAAGACCUCCAACGGAGGUUUGUCUGGCAACAACCAUUUGUCAGGGGGCAUGGCUGUAGGCGGGUCAUACCGGCAGCAGCGCUUGGGGCCACACCCCUUUCAGCAGCAGCCUCUGAAUCUAAGUCAGGCCCAGCAGCACAUGGCAGUCGACCGAAACCGGCGGCAACAAGCCUACAUCACCCCCACUAUGGCCACCCAGGCUCAGUACUCCUUCCACAAUAGCCCCACCCACACAGCUAACAUCCACCCACAUUUGGCCCCACCUCAUCUGCCCGGGCAGCCUCACCUCUACACCUACACUGCUCCCACUGCCCUGGGCUCAACCGGCACGGUGGCACACUUGGUCGCUUCACAGGGCUCAGCGCGCCACGCAGUCCAGCACGCCAGCUACCCCCCAGGUAUUGUCCACCAGGUGCCUGUUAGCAUGGGCCACCGUGUGCUGCCCUCACCCACCCUGCACCACGGCCAGUACCAGGCCCAGUUUGCACACCAGACCUACAUCAGCGCUUCACCUGCCUCUACUGUCUACACUGGAUACCCGCUGAGCCCGACCAAGAUGAACCAGUACCCUUACCUCUAAAGAUGAAACACUGGAGCCCAGCCAAUCGCUGCUUACCAUUUGUCCCCCUAACCCCGCCCAGAGACAGAGAGACAAGCUGAAUGCCCAUCAACCCUUAAACCCGCCCCCUUGUUCCUUCAUGCUUAAACUUGAAGACAAUGAAGAUGCUGAUGGAUUGAGGAAGUGUACUCUGAGAGGAAACGAAAGGGUACUAAGGAGAUCUCGUUUAGAUACGUUUUAUUUUGCCUUCUUAAAGGGCCAGUUAACUUUUCAUUAUUUGGGUUUUUGUUUUCUUCUGAAUAGAAGUUGAAGAAGUUUUAGCUUUCUUAAUUUCUUUUACAACAAGGUCUCAUUAACAGGCCAUUUGGGAGAGACAGAGUUUUGUUUAACCAAGGUUUUUUUGGUUUUCCCGUUCUUGAAAUCAUUCGCUGACUGUUGAGCCGAGUUUGAAUUCCUAAGAAUUUUUUUUGGAUAAGGUGAAAUACGGAUAUCUGCUGCUCUUCAAAGAAUAAAAAAAAAUAAUGAUGGCCUUGAACUGUCUUAAACGUUUCCAAAUUACAUGUGGUGAAUGGUAUGCAUAUACUCCACCGCGCUCUCCAGCAAACACCUGGGAGGAAUCUUCUGGAAAUAUGCCGAAAAGACAACAACAUUUUUUUAUAGUGUAAUUAUAGACUUUUCAUUGUUUGUGUUAAUAUUUAGAAAAGAAAAUACUGUUUGUUAUUCAGUAGAACAUUAGCCGGGCCCCUCUUUGUAGAAUGUAGCAUUCUGCACCCAUUUAUUUAAUUGCGAACCUUUCUGAUACCAAUAGACUCUUUGUUUUCCUCUUUCAAUGUGAUUGCACAAAGUGGUUAAAAUAACAUAGGCAUGUUAAACAUGGUAGUCGGUCAUGUGUUUUGCGUGCAUGUGUGCGCGUGUGCUGCAGUCUGUCACGUGUGGUACACCCUUUGCACAUCUGUGCAACGUAUUCCUUCACAGUCUUAGGUUUAUCAUUGUUACCUCAUAGUGCCUUACAUAUAUUACAACAGUUUACUUGGCUGAAAACCCUGUAGAACCAGAUAUGCUAGACAGAGAGUUGGCUCCUAUUUUGAACAUCUUUAUCCAAGCUGUUUUUAAGUUCCAGGUGUAAGCGUUAGCCCUUAAAUGUUAUUUAUGCUCUAUUUUGUAAAUUCACAAAAAACAAAAACAAAAAAAAGCACUUACAACGUGCUUGUUUUGCGUGCAUGAGGUCGUUUAACUUUAAGAUACUUGCCUGGGGUAAUGAACCAAAGUCAUCAUUUAAAAAUAAAUAACAUUUGUUCUGGGUAGUGGAUAUAAUUAUACAGUAUAUAGCUUAUUUACUGUACAUACCGUAGCUAUACGUUUUAGUCAGCUUGCAAUCAAUGCAAUGUCACUGAUUUAAGGCUGUAUAUGUCAUAAAAUGGAGAUUACAUGUAUAUUUGAUGGGAAAAGCCAAGUAUCACUCAAUCAAUUUAAGAUUGCCCUGCUGAAAUACCAGCUUAGACAAGUAUGAAUUUCUGUGCUGGUUUGGUGCUGAUGGACCAGCACUGCUCUAGUGAAGCUAGUUGACCAAGCUAGGCUUGCUGGUUAAGCUAGUUAAGAAGCCUGGUGGAGACACCAGCAUCCAAAACACAACAUACACUGGUCUUUUCAGCAGGACAGGCUACACAAUUCAUCUAUAAUGAAAAAAAUGGGCUAAAAUUCUGCAUGUGUUCAAAUAAAGCACACCAGGCCUGGAGAGGAUGUUGGAGAAGAGGAGCUGUUUGUGGAAGACUGAACUUAACAGUCUGUCUGAGCCUGGGCAGAAAUGGCUUAGAAACCGUAAACCUGGGAGGGUUUGAGAAAGAGAGAGUCUUGUUUGGGGUUGGAGACACUAUGGUGCUUGUGGAUGGUGGUGGAUUUUGGUGGAAAUUGGUGGAGAGCAAGGGAAGAGGGCAAAUCCACAUUUUUAAUGAGAAUAGCAUGUUGGCUUUGAGCACGUUGGCUGAAGGGAGCCGUGCAGCAGUAAGCACUGCAUGACUGCACACCAUACUCUGAUUCAUGCAUUCACUAGAGGUUCUGUGAAGAUCUUUGGGUUGUUAAUUCUCAUGUUCACUCUAGGGGCUCGAACAGCCCCCUUGCAUGAGCUACAACAACAUGCAUCGGGACUACAUCAAAAUUGGUUUUGUAUUUUUUACUAUUUGUCUUACCGUAGGAAUCACUUGUGAUACAGGCGUCACGUCAGUAAAGAGAUGACGAAAGUGUAGAAAACUGUGGGCCAAUGCUUGUUUUAAUGUUUUUUGCUGCUUAAUUUAACAUUGAUAUAUUAGCCAAUCAUUUGAUUUAAACCAUGUCCUAAACUGGCACAACACGAUAAAGUGACAAAUGACUAAAGCUUACACAAAGUGGUCGGAAGUCAUUCAUUUACAAUGACAACUGGCGAUUUGAAGCGUCAUGGGCAACAGAGGCCAUUAGCGACACAACAAUAUUGAGCAUUCUUUAACUUUAUGCAAAAACAGCUGCACUCAUGUGAUUCACCUCAUGAUAAAGUUGGAUACAGCAGUUGAGUAGGCAUGCCUACAAGCAAACAAAAGUACAGUGACUUGGCGACCUUCCGUGAUUUCAUUGCUGUCUGUGUUUCAAACCAGUCCUGACAGUGGGCACGUUUAUGCUUAAUAUGACGACAGCAUGUAAGGUCAUGUAAAUGCCUUAACGGCGAUCUUAUAUUGGGGUAAGAAUAAACGACUUAAGCGAAUAACAUUCAGCACUUGUUGAUUUUUGCCCAUUACCCCAGUUUCACUCUUUAUGUAAACACCUUUAACAGAGUUCUUGCUGGCAAUGUGCAUAAGUGCUUGUGUUUUGAUGUCAAAAGCAGACAAUAACCCAAAUUGUUUUGAAUAAGCUGAUUUUUGAUAGUUAUCCGCAUAUUGGUUCGCAUGUAAACACAUUAAUUGUGUCAUUGUUUGGUUUGUAUUUCUUCCUCUUCUUGCUGGAUUGUCCUACCCACAAUGAAAUCUGAUUGGUUGAAAAUCCAGCUCCACAUAACUGUACAUUAAACAUCAGAUAUGUUUUGAUUGACUGUAAUUAUGUGGUCGUAUAGCAUAGCAAUGUUGUCAUCGCUGGAAACUUUGCAUCAUGCAGUGCAUUCAUGUUGCGUUGUGCCUGGUUAGGACUCAGUGUUAGUGUGUUGGUUUUGUUUUUAUGUCUACAUAAUUCACAUUGUGGGCACAUGCAUAUGGAGUAUUGAAUAUAUCCCUUUUGCCCUCAUGUUAUGCCAUAGAAAUUGCAUUUGAAGUAGUUUUGUUUUUACGUUGUUGAGAUGUGUCUACUUUACUGUUUUAUUUUGCUAGGUAUAUUGUGUUCCUGUAGAGUGUUGCAAUACUUUUUGUGGAUGUUUAUUAAUGCAAGCCUUUUAUUGUGUUAUUUGUCAAACAUCCUUUUUUUUUUUUUUAUUUCUGGUGGUCGAUAUGUAACCGUGGUGUUUGGUAUUCAAAUGUGUACCCUAGUAUGGUAGAAAGCAUAGACUUGUGUCAAUGUGCUUUGCCAAGGUCUGACACCAGUUACAUUUUGAAAUAGAAGCUUUUGAUAGCUUGUCAGUUUGAUUCACAAAGCUGUGUGUUAUUUUGUAGCCCAGUAAGGGAUGCCAAUAGUUUUUUUCUGUUGUAUUUGUGCUUGAAUGAGAAUAGAAGAAGCUUAAACAAACCUACAGAACUCACAGUUAAAGAAAGGCUCCUUCAUUGUUAGUCACAAAAAACAAAAAAACAAACAAAAAAAACACAUUCCAUUCCAGAAGAAGCCAUUUCUAUAGUCUCACAGGGACUUGCCUGUAUGACCAAAUCUGGGCUUUACUGGCAUUUAAGGACAUAUUGUUCUUCCCACCAAAGAUAAUCAGCAUGUAAUUGAUGCACAGACUUGUCUAUUGCUGUAAUGGAGAAGACAGAGUGUUUCAAUAACAUUUGAGAAAAAAAAAAAAAGCAGGUUUGAUCAGGUCAGUGCCAGAAAGGAACAUGUAAAUGAAUAGAAUAAACAAAAUAUACAACACAUUUACAUUCAAAAUAUAUGACACAAAAUAUAUGGAACAUUCACAUUCUCUUAGAUCAUACAUUGCCAUUUGUUUCGGUGUGAGCACAGUGUUACCCUGUUUUUUGUUUUUUUUUUUUUUUUUUGUAGCUUUCACAUACAUUGUGUCAGUGUUAGUGCUCUUUGUGGAUAAUAAUAAUAAAAAAAAAACCCUCUCCCAAUCACUAAUUACAUCUGAUAAAGGAUUUAUAUCGGAAAGUAAAGCCCUUAACCUAAGAUUUUAAGAUGUCAGUUUUCUUUUAAAGCUGGUUAAAGUUGAUUAGCUCGAAAAGUGUAAACAAUGUGGCUCUGUGGCGCUUUCAUCAUCACUCUUUUUUGUGUAAGCUGUCCGUCAUAGCAACAUUGGCUCAAACAAUGGCAUGAGUUUGGGGCAGAACUAUUUGUUUGAUUUACAAAUAGCUGUUCAUAAGCUUUACUGGUUUUGUUCUAACUAAAUAUUUAAGAACCUGAGAGAUAAAUUAGUGCUUCUUAUUGUGGCCUUUAUGAAUUGAAUCUGAGUGAUUACGUUAAUAAACUGGUCACUAGUGCAAAAUUAAUGUAAAAUAUCUGAUGUACAUGAUCUUUGUUGUGUUAUGUAUAUCUUGUCAUUGUUGGACUGUAACACCGGCAAGUAAUUACUAAAAUGCAAUAAGUCUCACUACAUUAACUUGAUUUAGCAUUACUCUGAUCAAUACUAGGUUUUGAACGAAUAUAUAAAUUAUAAAUUUAUUUUAAUGCGAGUUACAUUAUAGAAAGCCCUAUUGACCUUACAAAUGUAAAUGUCUGUUUUAUGGAAUUCUGAAUACAGAAAAAAUUCAUAACAUUUUGUGAUGUAACUUUUUUUUUUUUUUUUUUUUUUUAUGUCUGAACUGUAAACAUUGAAGUAUGCAUACAUUUUAUAUUACCAAAAUGUGAUAAGUCUUAAAAGGAAGCAUUCAUACAAUUUACAAUUUGUAAAUUGCCAUAUAAUGUAAACCACUCAUGUCAAAAUACUGCCAUCUUUUCUAUUAAGUGUACAUGAAGCUUUAAGUAACAGUGGGCAUGUGCUGUAUUGGCUAUAUUUAUUUUUGGUUUUAAAAUAUACAACCUACAAUCAACACAUAAAAACCAGCGUUCCCAAAAGCAAUGGAUCCCGCCAAACUAAGGAUUGAAAAAAAACAAAAAACAUUGCUGGUCAAGUCCAUGAGAACUGUUGGAUGGCACCCGAAUCACUACAAGAAUAUUUCAAAGCACAUGAUUAUGAAUUAACUCAAAGCUUGUAGAUAACAAAGGAUUGUUGUUUAUUUCUUGUUUUUAUGCUCAUCGAAAUGGCCACAUACUGACACAUUUUGUUUUGCUUGUGUACCAUAUAUGUUUUAAAAUGAUUGAUUUUCCAUGUGUGGGCAGAAAGAGAAAUAUUAGGGGUUUAAAGAGGUCAUUGAACUUAUCAUGUAUGAAUGUGCUAAGAGGCCAAAUAUGACAAUAUGGCCAUUCUCUAUACAUUGUUUUAGAAGCAAAGAAGGUAAACAUUUUUAUACUUAUUUACAGCCCUAAGUCCCAAUUAGGAAAAUGUACUAUGGAGUGACAAAUGUAAGCAUCUGUAUGUAUUAGUUAUUACUGCAGUUUACAAGUGUAAAUACCAUUUAUUCACUCUUGGACAACAAACACCAGUGAAUGCAAGUGAACUUAUUUGUGAAAGUUCUAAAGCUGUCAGUUCAACACUGACAGAAAUGUAAUUUGUCACACAAGUCACCACAGUAACCUGCUAUGUAGCUGUGAUGCAGAGUAGCCGUUUGUGCAGCCAUUAACGUGAACAAUUUUCUACUUGCACAGCAGCCAAACAUUCACAGUAAAAUGUCAAAACUAAAUAUUUUUCUACAAUGUCUCAAGACCUAAGAAAGCAUCUGACCCCGAACCCUAAUUUUGUCGAUUGCUGUAUGGUUCAUCUGUAGCGUGUACCACAUUAGUUGUUGUCAAAGCUUUUGUGUGCUGCAGUAUUUCCAGGUAUACUUAUUUGUUUAUUGUCCAUUUUUAUUAUUAUUAUUCUGAUUUUGCUUUGUUUAUUGGGGAUUUGAAGAAGUGUGAUGUCUUAUUAUUUCAGUCUGUUAACGUAGCACUGUAUGUACCCUGUACCUUAGGCUAAUAUUAUUAAGUAUGCUAUGAGAAUGGAUAUUUUACUGGCUUUAUAGAAUGUUAAAUUAAAUAUUAUAAUUACAAUAAUUAGAAUGAUUUAACUCCUAAAAACUGAGUUGCUACUAAGCGCUUGUGUUACCAUUACAAAUGUUGUGUGCUUCUCUUAAUAAUUUUCGUUGUAGAAAAAAAAUGAGUGAAUUUUAUUAGGCUUCAACAACUAAUGAUAGCAGCAGUGUAAAUUCACGGAGGAUUUUUAACAAACACAGGUGGUUAUGGAAGAAGAUAGUUAUUUUAAUCAUUCUAUUUACUAACUGUAGGGUGUGAAGGGGCUCGCGUUGUGGUGAACUAUGUUAUAGCUUGUUAUUCACUGUUACUUUUGAUCAUUUUUCGGUCUCCAAGGUGAAUCGAGUUAUUAAAGGAAAUUUGUAUGCUCACAUAUGCAUAUUGUAUAUGUGUAGAAAUGUAAUCACAAUUUGUCUUGGAUUUACAUUAAACUGUUAAGUCACGGCAUCA